CUCACUUGCCAAACAAAUUCCUUUUCUAACAAGGGAAGUGCAUAAAAGCUCCCUCUUUUUUCAUCUUUGAUUGUGAUGAAAUUUCAGAAAUUACAGAACCCCAUGCACAAUUUUCGAUUUCUAAGGUUUCUUUGAUCUCUCUCUCUUUUUUCCAUUUUUAUACCUUCAAGAUCUAAAAAAUGGCGGACCCCCGCAACUUGUCCUGCUACAACUGUGGCAGUGUAGGGCUUACAGACGGCUUCGAUGGCUUCUUCUACUGCCUCCAGUGUGGUUCCCAGGCCGACGACAUCAUCGACACCGGCGUCGCCGACGAGGAUUUGUUACUACGAGACGCCGGCGAACGCGGCGGCCCCAUAUACUCCCAAUCCCACACGCGCCGCCGCAUUCCCGCCGUUCUCAAGGUGGAGCCCCUGUCUCAGUCUCAGCCGCAGGCCCUUUUUGGCGCGGCGCACUCUCAGUUCUGGGACAGCCUUAAUUUGAAGGAGGAGGGGGACGCCGUGGCGCUGUUGGAUGAUGGCGUGGGGCCUACCGGUCCCGAGGAUUUCGGGUCCGGUGGUGUGUUAUCCGGAGCUCCGAGUUUUGAGGAGUAUGCUGAGGAAGUGAGGAUGAGGUAUGUGAUGGGGUUGCAGUUGAUGGUGGAGCUUCAGUGUGAAGCUUUGGUGAAGGAGUUCAAGGCGAGCCCUGUGAUUUGUGGGUUGGCGGCCAGCAUUUGGUUGAGAUUUGUGACUGCUACACGGGUCUUUGAUGAGGAUUGGGCCUUUGAGGCUGUUCAGGAUUCUGAGAGCCAAUGCCAAGAUCCUGGAAACAUUAGACCAGUUUCCAGUAGACAUAAAGCAGAACCCCACAAUUUGUUUGGUCAGCGGGUUGUAGUUGUAUGGGUUAAAUCUUUAAGAAAGAAGAUACCAUUAUCUUGUACAUUAGCCAUUUCAUUUUUGGCUUGCCAUGUCGCCCGAGAAGCAAUUUUGCCGACAGACAUAAUGAAGUGGUCACUUGAGGGGAAACUUCCAUAUUUUGCUGCUUUUAUCGACAUUGAAAAUCGCAUUGGACAAACAUCAAGGGCCUGCCCUAUAAGUUCAAAGCAUAUGUAUAGGCCUUCUCGAAUUCCCCCACUCCAGAAGUUAGAAUCUUUGGCAGCAUCAAUAGCUCAUACCAUAGGGCUGAAUCUACCUCCAGUUAACUUCCAUUUGAUAGCUUGUCGUUAUCUUGACAAGCUGUCCCUUCCAGUUGAAAAGAUUUUGCAUCAUGCUUGCCGCAUUUACGAGUGGUCGAUGCCUCCCGAUUUGUGGUUGUCAACCAAUGAGCUGAGGCUUCCCUCUCGUGUUUGUGUUAUGUCAAUUCUAAUUAUAGCAAUGAGAAUUCUCUAUGAUCUCCAUGGUUUUGGAGAAUGGGAAAAGAGUCUGUCCAUUAAUUGUGCUUCAUCUUUCCCACCUAACCAGAAGACACAUUCAAGUCCUGCUCAUAAUUUCAGUAACACGCAGGCUGAUAGGGAAAAUGGAUCUGGAUUUACUUCACAUAAUGUGGAUAAUCUGUCUGCCUCUGUUGAGAACUUGAAUCUGCACAAGCCUGAACUGACUACUACAGAGUUCCUCUCCAAGAUUGAAGCUCGAUAUUAUGAGAUCGCUGAAACUUAUGAAUACUCUCGGGACUUGCCAACCUACCUUCAACACUGUAAGGAUGUCGUCUUUGCUGGUUUAGAAUCUUUAUUCGAGGAUCACGAGGAAGAAAAGAUGAUCGAACAAUUUUGGAAUUAUUAUCAAAAUCAGAAGGAGGACUCGGAACAAACAGAAGAUGUAGAUCAAAAUGCUGCUUCCAACCAAAAGAGAUUGAGGGAAGGUUCCGCUGACCGAUUAUCCAAUGAAAGCAAGAAACCGAGAGGCGAAGAAGGUAUUAGCAGAGAAUCAUCCGAUAACAAAACUUCCAACUCAAAUAAUUCUCAGCAAAGCCAUUCGUCCAAAAGUUCAGAAGGUGGUGAUGAGGAAGAACUAUCCUCCAAAGACAAAGCUCCAGCACAAACUUCCAUAGACGCAUCAGUCAAAAGGCUAAAACUCGACAUGGAAGAGAAAAGGUUCUGCUAUAUUCCACCAAGGGUCAACCCGAAGAGAUUCGGUUACCUUCACUACUCGAGGAAGAUCGAUGGAGGUGCAUUGACUUACGCAGCUCAUGCCGAUUACUACAUACUGCUUCGAGCUUGUGCUAGAGCUGCACAAAUUGAUAUUAGGAUUAUGCACAUUGGAGUGCUGAGUCUUGAGAAAAGACUGUCUUGGUUAGAAGCAAGAAUCCAUCACUCCCUCCAUUUAACUCCCUCUGGUGUUUCUUGUGAGUUUUGUAGCGAUGUGGUGCCUGAAAAUGCAACCGUUGAUUCCAUUGGCCUGUCAGAUUUGAAUAUUUAACUGGUGUAUAUAAUUUAUUCUUUUUUUUUUAUUAAUCUCUUGAGAAUAUAUUAAAAU